GGCCGGCCGGCAUGGAGGGGGUCCUGUACAAGUGGACCAACUACCUGAGCGGCUGGCAACCUCGGUGGUUCCUUCUCUGUGGUGGCAUCCUGUCCUAUUAUGACUCUCAGGAAGAUGCCUGGAAGGGCUGUAAGGGAAGCAUCCAAAUGGCUGUUUGUGAAAUUCAAGUUCAUCCUGCAGAUAACACACGAAUGGACCUGAUUAUCCCAGGGGAGCAGUACUUCUAUCUGAAGGCAAGAAAUGCAGUUGAAAGGCAAAAGUGGCUGGUUGCACUUGGAACUGCCAAAGCCUGUCUGACUGACAGCAGGACACAAAAGGAAAAAGAGUUCACUGAAAACACAGAAGCCUUGAAGACCAAAAUGUCUGAACUUAGACUGUACUGUAACCUCCUUGUUCAGCAAGUGCAUAAAACAAAGGAAGCCAGCAUUUCUGGUGUGUCAGAACCAGAGAGUGAGAUUGAUAUGGGAGCUCUGUUGAAAUCAACCUGUGACACUUUCCUGAAGACUCUUGAAGAAUGUAUGCAGAUUGCAAAUACUGCCUUCACUUCUGAGUUACUGCAUCAGACCCCACCUGGAUCCCCAAAUUUAGCAGUUCUCAGAACAAGCAAGGUAAAGCACUCUGUCUUGUCCAGUCACACCUCAACAGAAAGGCAGGUGGAAUUGAGCCCCUGUGAAAAUGGCUGUGUAAAAUCAGAAAUUACCCAUCAAGAGCAAGCAGUUAUUAAAAAUAUGGAAUGUUUAAACUUGGAAACAAAUGAGGGGGCUGGUGAUGUUUAUGUUGACGAUCAUAUAGCAAAGGAUUUGGCAGGCAUUAAAGAUGAUGGAGAGGACAAGCUGCAAGCUGUAGAAGGAUGUGGUGCCCACAAGAUCCUGCAGUCAGAAACAAAUUCUUUAAGUGGAUUGACUCUGUGUGAGGAGGAAAGAAAUGAAAAUGAUUCUCCUACCUUCUUCAGUGUCAUGAGCAAUAGGUUCAGUGAUAUUGAGCUUCGGGAGGAGGAGGGCAUACCAACAGAGGAGUUCCUGGAGUCCUGUUAUGCAAUUGUGCCUGUUCUGGACAAGCUGGGACCAACUGUUUUUGCUCCAGUUAAAAUGGAUUUUGUAGGCAACAUCAAGAAAAUAAACCAGAAAUUUAUAACCAACAAAGAAGAGUUUGAUACCCUUCAGAAGAUUGUGCUCCAUGAAGUGAAUGCAGGUGUAGCACAAGUUAGAAACUCUGCUACAGAGGCUCUCCUGUGGCUGAAAAGAGGUUUAAAGUUCUUGAAAGGAUUUUUGACAGAAGUGAAGAAUGGGGAGAAGAAUAUCCAAACAGCUCUGAACAAUGCUUAUGGAAAGACAUUACGGCAGCACCAUGGUUGGGUUGUCCGCGGGGUCUUCGCUUUAGCUUUAAGGGCAGCUCCAACGUAUGAAGAUUUUGUGGCAGCUCUGUCUGUAGAUGAGUGUGAUCCUCAGGAAGAAACAUUUUACAAAGGAAUGCAGAGGGACCUCAACAUUUACUUACCAGCCAUGGAAAAGCAGCUAAAUAUCUUGGACACUCUCUAUGAAGUACAUGGUUUGGAGUCAGAUGAGGUGGUAUAACUACAGCAAGACCACAUCUUAAAAAUUCAGGGACUGUGUCUGUUAACAAAGAUUCCUUCCAUUUUGAUUUUGGGACAUCAUUUCUGUUCACUGUAUCUUUUCAGGUGGGAAAGGUGUUGAGUGUUUUGGGGGAAGGGUAUGUGUGAUUUUUAUAUUUUCAUUACGCUUGUGUUGCAUUUAAAUGCAGAGGUACUGUCUCUCUUUGGAUCAUAACUAUGUCCGUGGUGAAUGUUUUUGACUGUUUCUCUUCUGCCUGUGCACCUCCUCUUCUCUUCACCUCAUAAAAGUAACAGAGCAGAAUUUGGCCUUUGCUGCUGUACCUAAGGAGAGACCUGCUCAUGCAGCAGAGCUGUUGUGUCACCACUUGGCACCCAGGCAGGUGCUGCUGCCUCUGACUCUCCCAUUCUCUGUGCCCACUCCCUGCCAUGGUGUAGGAGGAUAGUGAGAGUUAUUGUUACCCUGGUAGCAGAAGAGAAGGACAGCUAAACACCAGCUUACAAUGUGGUGAGUUUGUCCCUCAAUUUGGGUUGAAGCUCUUUAAUGCGAAUAAUAUAUUUGCAUGGCAUAGAUAUUUAUUAAAUUAAAUAAACAUUUUGAUCCAAAUAUUACAGAGAUCUUCACCACAGGUGUAUGUGGCUGGUGGUCUGAGUGGCCCCAAGGUCUAGCCUUUGAAACAGGAUGUUGUGUUCUCUGACCAGCUCCCAGUAUGUGCUGUGGCUUCCCUGCCAUAUAAGCCUUUUAGGUUUUAGGGGUUUUUUGAAUCAAAUUCAUGCAAAACUGUAAUACUUGCUUUUAAGUUGAGUACAGCUAGCAGUUUGAAAAGCAGAUGUCAUUAAAAUCCUUCCUAAACUGUCAUUAUGGGCAGAAACUACAUGCAAGGGGACCUGAAAUGAGUAAAGUAUAGGGGAAGCUAAAAUUUGUGAUGGAGCUAUUAAACAUGGGACCAAUUACAAAUCUUGAAUUUUGAAAUUAUUUAGGAGUGACUAAAAAUUAAGAAAGAUUUCCUCUUUUUCCCAUUUUGCUGAUACAGAUAAAAAUGUGUUUGUUAGCAUUACUGCUAUUAAAAUAGUGAAGAACUCCUUUUAGCUGGUGACAUUGUUAGCAGCAAAAUUUCUAGUUGUGUUGAUGACCAAGCAGAAGGCUGUCUGUGAAUUACUCCAAUUCAAGGCAUAAGCAGGUCUCUCUUUGUUGACCUUGGGCUUCAGAUGGCUUUGCACAAAGAGCUGAGUUUAACUCAUGUACAGGAGUGGUGAAGACUCUGCUAAUGAGGAACUUAGAAUUAGUAAGUUUUCAUAAAUACACAAGGCAGUGUUGCCAUACUCACAGAAUUAUUGCUGGCUUCUGCUAGGCUAAAACCAGUGUUGUUAGUAAAAUGAAUGUACUGCAGACCUGCUGCCCUGCAUUGCUCUGUGACUGGAGCCUCUGCACACUGAAUACUUGAUCCUUUCUAAAGAGCCUAGCAUUGUGAGCUUUAAGAAAAGCAUGCGAUACUUGAAGAAAAGGCCAACAUCAAACUUACUGUAUAAAGAUAGAUAGCAGGACUCUAAUUAGACAUUAAUAGAGUCAUAGAAUAUGCUGUGUUGGAAGAGACCCAAGGGGUCAGGAUCAUCAAGCCCAACUCCUGGCCCUGCACAGGACACCCCAAGAAUCACACCGUAUGCCUGAGGGCAUUGUCCAAAAGCUGCUUGAACUCAGAUGGGCUCAGUGACCAUUUCCCUGGGGAGCUUGUUCCAGUGUCCAGUCCCCUCUGGGUGAAAAGCUUCUGCCUGGUAUCCAACCUAAACCUCCCCUGACUCAGCUUCAUGUAAUUUCCUUGAAUCCUGUCACUGGUCAUGAGAGUGAAGAGAUCAGUGUCUGUUCCUCUC